AUGGGGUGUCGAGAUCCAGAGGAGUUGUGUCCGACGCAGCAGCUUCCGUGUGCGGCGACAGCGUGUGAAGGGUGCGCGGCAGGGCGUGUCCGCAGUGGCGAAAUGGCGUUUAAUCUUGAUUCUAUGGGAGGAACUGUGGCAGCAAGCAGGGCCUGCAACAGUGGCAGGCUAGUGGCACCAUUAGAGGAGAAAGCAGGAAGGGCAGCAGCGGCACAUGCGCACACACGCACACCGAGACUUACGAUGAAUCCGAUUGGUGUAAUUAUACCAGGCAGCCCCUGUUCCUUCCCUCAGCAGUUGGAGGGGGACACCAAGUGGCUUAUAGAUGUCAAACCUGCUCCCGAUGUUAUGUGCUUCCUCACCCAAGAAAACCAGCUGCCACCUGAAAUGGGCAUCGGCAUCUACUUCUCCUUGCCUCCCUUCGCCAACUGGGAGGCAAGGUUUUUCCUGUGUUGCUUUCUACGAUUUCAGUUCAUGGGCGUUUUGACAAAUAAUCAUCCAAGUGUUCUUCUCUCUACAGGAUGGAAUUUGCUGCCCGAGGCCCAGCAGGCGGCAGGCGUACGCCUCGGUUUUCUCUUAGAGUCGGCACAGAGCCUAACGGAGAAACUUGAAACCAAACCAAUCGUGGAUGCCAAAAAAGAAUAUGCGAGAAAAGUAGCGCUGAACCUGUACAGGUUUGUGGAGUCGUUUCAAGGUGGUGGCGAUCAGACCCUUUUAGAUCGCUGGUUUGAACGGUUUGAAGCGAAGUAUCGCAUCGACCCUAACUUUGUGAUGAAAAGCGAAUGA